AUGUUCAAGCAGUCUCUCCGAAAAGCUACCGCUCAGGCCGUCGCUGGCCAGCGCUCAUUUGCCACUUCGUCCGUCGCUCGAGCUUCGUACGAGGAUACCAUCAAGAACUUGAGCAUCAACUCGAACACCAAGGUUAUGGUCCAGGGAUUCACCGGAAAGACCGGUACUUUCCACUCGAGACAAGCUUUGGACUUUGGAUCUAAAUACGUCUGCGGUGUUAGCCCAUCGAAAGCUGGCCAGAGCCACCUCGGUCUGCCCGUCUACGGUAGCGUUAGGGAUGCCAAGGAUAAGGAGAACCCGGACGCUACCGUCAUCUACGUGCCUCCUCCCUUUGCCGCCGGUGCCAUUCUCGAAGCCAUCGAAGCCGAGAUCCCCCUGAUCGUCACCAUCACCGAGGGUAUCCCGCAGAGGGACCAGUUGAUGAUUUACAACGCGCUCAGGAGCCAGAGCAAGACCAGGAUGGUCGGCGGCAACUGCCCGGGGAUGAUCGCCGAAAAGUGCAAGAUGGGAAUCAUGCCCGGGCACAUUUUCACCGAGGGAAAGAUCGGAAUCGUCUCCAGGUCCGGAACCCUGACUUACGAGGCCGUCAACCAAACCACCCUCGCCGGUCUCGGACAGACCUUGACCGUCGGUAUCGGUGGUGACCCUUUCCCCGGUACCCAACACAUCGACGUCGUCAAGGUCCUCCUUGAAGACCCCAAGACUCAGGGUAUCGUCCUGAUCGGAGAAAUCGGUGGAACCAUGGAGGAAGAGGCCGCUGCCUACCUCGAGCAGUUCAACAAGACCCGAUCGAACCCCAAGCCCGUCGUCUCGUUCAUUGCCGGUGCCACCGCUCCUCCUGGUAGGAGGAUGGGUCACGCCGGUGCCAUCAUCUCGGGAGGCAAGGGAACCGCUUCGGCCAAGGUCGAGGCCCUGGAAAAGGCCGGCGCCAAGAUCGCCACCUCUCCCGCUCAGAUCGGUGACUUGAUGUUGAAGGCGAUGAAGGAGGCUGGUCUCGCAUAG